CAUUAUGACUGAACUUGACCACACUACAGAUGGGAAGAAGAAGGUGACUGUGUUUACAUUAUAUAGUGGUAAACUUACUACACACACAACAUCAGUGAAGAAAUUGAACAUGAUGCCUGAAACAGACGAUAUAGAACAUCAGCCUUUACUGAGAAAAUACCAAGAGAUAAAGGUUCCCAGUAAAACUCUUUUAAUGGCUGUUUGGGCUGCAGGAAUUGGAGGAACUUUUCAGUACGGCUAUAACAUCUCCAUCAUAAAUGCUCCAACAAAGGAAGUGCAGAACUUUAUUAACCAGACAUGGAUGCAGCGUUAUGAGACUCAUAUCUCAGCAGAUCUUCUCACACUGAUCUGGUCCUCCAUCGUCUCCAUCUUCACCAUCGGAGGAUUUAUAGGGGCUUCAGUUGGAGCCUCACUAGCAGUGCGCUUUGGAAGAAAAGGAGCGCUGCUGAUAAAUAACUUGUUUGCUGUGUUGGCGGCCGUGUUAAUGGGCUUUAGUUUUCUUAUUCCUGCAUACGAGCUGCUGAUCAUCGGCCGCUUUGUCUCCGGGAUCAAUGCAGGUGUAGGAAUCUGUGUUCAGCCCCUGUACCUGGGGGAGAUUGCCCCCCGUGCUCUGCGUGGCUCUAUGGCUAUGGGAACUUCCAUCUUCAUCACAGGAGGAAUUCUAACAGGACAAUUGAUGGGACUGAGUGAACUGCUAGGUGGAGAAAAGUACUGGACCCUCCUUCUCAUCACUUCCUGUGUUCCUGCUGUUGUUCAGCUUAUUUCUUUGCCACUGUUUCCUGAAAGUCCUCGAUUCCUGCUGAUCGACCGAAAUGAUGAAGCUGCGUGCAUCACUGCUCUAAAGCAGCUCCAUGGUGGAGAACUUUUCCACGUUGAGAUGGAGGACAUGCAGCGAGAGUUAAUCAGUGCUAAAGGAAUCAAACCCAAAAAACCUUGGCAGCUUUUCACUGAGGGAUCAGUUCACCUUCCACUCAUCAUCAUCAUCUUCAUCAGUGCAGCACAGCAGCUCAAUGGCAUCAACGCUAUUUAUUUCUAUGCAGAAUACGUCUUCAGUGAAGCUGGAAUUCCAGCUGAAAAUAUUCCGUAUGUCACAGUGGGAACUGGAGCGUGCGAGUGUAUCACAGCACUAACGUGUAGUUUACUGAUUGAGCGAUUGGGAAGAAGAGCUCUGAUAAUUGGAGGAUAUUCCCUCAUGUCGUUGUGGUGUGUGUGCUUUACACUUGCACUUAGCUUUCAGAAGUCCAACUCCUGGGUGCCGUAUCUCAGCAUGCUCUGCGUCUUCGCCUUCAUCCUCAGCUUUGGCCUCGGGCCAGGUGGCGUAACAAACAUUUUGAUCACAGAGCUCUUCACUCAGACGAGUCGCCCCGCAGCAUACAUGAUCGCCGGUUCAGUCAACUGGCUCAGUUUAUUCUUUAUCAGCAUGGUGUUCCCCUUCAUAGUGAAUGGACUGCAGCAGUUCUGUUUUCUUGUCUUUUUGGUGAUUUGUUGUCUUGUGGGCACCUUCAUCUUCUUUUUUGUGCCAGAAACUAAAAACAAGACAUUUCUGGAGAUCCAGUCUGAGUUGAGUGGAAAGAGGAGAGAAGUUCCUCAGUUGUGGAACAGUGUAGAUGUUUCUCAUGUGUCUACAGCACUGUGACGUCACUGUGGUCAUGUCUGUUUCUAUGACCCGGACAUCUUAUUCCACAUCAGCUUAUAAAUGCUGCAGUUAUAAUCACUUUAUAGCACUUUAAUAUUAUAUGUAUUUGAUAAAACACCGUAUUAAUCAUCACUCACGCUGCCGCAAUGUUUCUCUGAUCUCCGGAUUGAGUUUCAUAUCGGGAAUUAAGAGAAUGCUCUACUUGCUUCUUUAUGAGUGUAAUAUAAAUAAAGCUU